CGCACCACAUCUCGCACUCCUUCUCAAUCAAACACUGCCAAGGAAGUCGGCACUCUUCAGAAACAGAGAGAAAGAUAUCCACUCUCCGUCAAAAUGUCCGGACUCGAAAGGAAAAACUCAAACAAGGUAUUCGACGGUAUUUUGUAUAAGUAUACCAUCAAAUCUUCUUCGGCGCUCGGAGGGCUACCGGCAAGUUUCAACGUCUUCGUACCCAUCACCGCCUCGACCUCCAAACCGGCUCCCGUACUGAUCUACCUGUCCGGCCUAACGUGCACCGAGGACAACGCAACCCAAAAAGCCCCAACACUGUUCGAAGCUGCAUCCAAAGAGGGUAUCGCGAUCGUAUUGCCGGAUACAUCGCCGCGAGGCGCAAAGAUCGAGGGAGAGGAUGAGAGUUACGACUUUGGAUCCGGCGCUGGAUUCUACCUCAAGGCCACAAAGGAGCCGUGGAGCAAACAUUACAAUAUGGAGGAAUAUGUGCUGAAAGAGCUGCCACAGGCACUCAAAGUCGCAGGCUUGCCGCUUGAUGUCUCCCGACGGUCGAUCACUGGCCACUCGAUGGGGGGUCACGGCGCUCUAUCUCUCUACCUGCGGAAUCCAGGAGUUUUCCGCUCAAGCAGUGCCUUCUCACCCAUCUGCAACCCGACGCAGUGUAACUGGGGCAAGAAGGCGUUCGAGGGCUACCUCCAGGGGGGUGUAAAGGAAGGCGAGGCGUACGACUCGAUGCUGCUGCUGGCCCAAGUACCCAUAGACAAAAGGAAGGAUGUCAACAUCCUCAUUGACUCCGGUCUGGCUGACAACUUUGCCAAGGAGGGGCAGCUGCGCGUGGAGGAGUUUGCCAAGGUCGCGAUGAGCAAUGGCUUUGAUGCGGAUCGCAUUUCGAUCCGACUGCAGGAUGGGUACGAUCACAGCUACUACUUCAUCGCCACCUUUGCCGCUGAGCACGUGCACUGGCACGCCAAGUUCCUCAAGGGUUGAUCUUGGCAUUCUAGACAAGAUAAAAGGCCGUGAGAAGUUUCAGGAAGAAUUUCAAAGGGAUGUAGGAAAUUCUGGAUAUGGUAUGAUACAUGCCC